AUGGUUCCCUUUCGACGCCUAUCCCAGCGAAGCUGCCGUCGCAGCUCCGAAAAUCGCGACUCUUACGAAUGGCAAGACGAACGCGACAAACGCAUCAUGACAGCCACCUUCCCCAUCCACCCCAUUGCCGCCAUGCAAGCCCCCUUCGAAGAGUCCAUGCUGGAUGCCACGGGCGAAACCGGCCAUGUGCCUUUUGUAAAUCCAAAAAAGGGCAUCAAGACGCGCCAGCAGUUGUUAUGUCGAGAAGAGGAUGCCACAGAAGACUCGUGGAACUUUACCUACAACUGCCACUGGAGAAACAACCCAAAGGGCAACUUUCACCCCCUCAAAAAAACCGUUGCGCAAAUCAUCUUUGGCGUUCAUUUGCUGCACCAGCAUCUGGAGAAGUCGGUUGCCGAUGUAGCAGACAUUUUGCUCAAGCAUGUCAACGAGCUUGAUAGCUUCCUGCAGCGCGCCAACGAGGACUUGGAGAGCAGCAUGAAGGACAUGAUGUUCCGACACAAAUGCCUCAAGGUGCCCAUGGAGCACGUAAACGAGUUUGAUCGCCUUCUGGAAGACCGCUCAUAUCGCGCACAGCUGCUUGACGGCAAUAUUGUUAUCGAACGCACAAUCGGGCGCAUGUCUGCAUUGCUCAACGAUUACCUUGUCGACAUUAAUGUAUUUCGGGAAGCGAACCAGGACCUCGACAUGUACCUGCUCGACGUAGGCGACGCGUGGACAUAUCGCAAUGAGGAUAUUGGACGGAUAUACUCUGCCAUGUGCGGCAAUACUGGGGGCUGGUCGCAGUUUUUGCUAAGUUUGGUGGCCAAAGCAGAGAGAUUGGGCGUUGUGCUUGUGCAAACAAGCCAGCCCGAGUACUACCCUGAUACCUGGCACAACGAGGAGCAACGUGGAAGAGCAACACCACAGGCAGAGGCUAGUCGUACAAGUCGGCUCUUCGGAAAUCGGGGGCAUGUGUCAUUGUCAUCUGAUGCACCUGUAGAAGAGAAACCGCCGGCAAUAAAACGCCAGUCUGCAGGACCAGACAAUGGAGAAUAUAGUCCGCCAUGGACAGGAAAAGACUCAGCCUACUCUUCUGUGUCCGGUGCAUCGGCCAUGUCCCCCGCUAUGGCGUCGACACGCUCAGCAUCUUCCAUGUCGUCGCGGCAAACAGCGCAGUUUGGCCUGUUCCCUACUAGGAACCUGAGCACGCCGAAAGGCUCCAUGUCCAGCCGUCUAGGCGCAGCAUCACCUGCAUUCGAUCAGCCUGACCAAUUCUUUAAACCAGAUAUACCAAGCCGACCAGCAACGUCCAUGUCCAACUUCUCGGAUUCCUCACCCAAGAGGCUCUCAAAACGAAGUAGCUUCUCGUCGCUCAAACGCCUGUUCAGCAAGAAGAGGACUGGUGAUAUAGAUGCCAUCGCCGAGUGACUUGUAUCUCCAUUUGAUCUUCUUUUCUUGUGUAGUUCUUUGAUCUCGCUGUUUGGCGCUGCAAAGCUAUAUACCCCUUUGACCGUGUACUUUUUGCGUAUUUCAGGCGCCAUAGCCUCUGCCGUGUUCGGGUGUUUAGCGGUUGGUGUUGCUUCUAUAUGUAAAUAUCCGCGUUUUUAUAAUAUUGAUGCCGUGACGAGCAACGUGUAAUGGGUUUCGCUUCGUACGGGGAGGACGUUUUGAAGGACGGUGCCGUUGCGCACAAAGGGGGUAGCUGCGGGAGUCCGAUGGGCUGGGAGAAUGCUCGGAACAGAGUCCGGUGUUGUCGAGCUUCAGGAGGUUGUGAGUUUUUCUUGUGCUGUGUGCUGGAGGUAAGAGGAGGCCCGAGAGGCUGCUAGUUGUCGUUGUGGUGUCUUGAUCAGUCCUUCCGCUGCAAGAGGCCUGGGAGGGCAGGACACACAGUAGAGGUAGGAGCCAAGCUCGAUAGCACGUAUGCUACUGGCUUUUUUUGCA